CUUUAUUAUUUAAACCAGGUAUGACCAAGAUGGAAAUCUGGACAAAGUCAGUAUGAGAAGGAUGAUUAUAGGCUUGUGGCAGCUGUUAGACCUAUGAAGUUUAAAUAAAGUGCUUGACAUUCUGUUUUGUUACAAGCUCUUGCUGCUGCUGGUAAAUGGCUCCAAAUAGAGUUGAAAAAUUGAAAGACAGAAUUGAAAAGUUAGCCCAUGCACCACACAGUGAGCGGCUGCUGAAGGCUGCCCGGCUUCUAGCACCAUGAUGUCCUCCAAGCCUAAGGCGUGCAUCCUGGACCGUUCACUGAGCAGAGGCAAGGGUGAAGUGAAUCUCAGCCUGUUCGCCCUGCUCUUCGCCGAGAUCGUCCACUACACCCACAACCGGGUGCAGUCAGUGUCCGAGCUGCAGAACAAGCUGGCGGAGAUGGGGUAUCACGUGGGUAUCCGGAUGCUCGACCUCAUCGUUGUUCGAGAGCGGAAUCUCAAGCGGGAGACCAAGAUACUGAACAUACUGCUAUUUAUUAAGGGCACCUUCUGGAAGACCAUGUUCGGCAAGGAGGCGGACAAGCUGGAGCACGCCAAUGACGACGAGCGCAUGUACUACAUCAUCGAGAAGGAGCCGCUGGUCAGCACCUUCAUCUCGGUGCCCAAGGACAAGGGCAGCCUGAACUGCGCCGCAUUCGUCGCUGGCAUGAUCGAGGCCGUGUUGUGCGGCUCAAACUUCCGGGCCAAGGUGACGGCCCACUGGCACAAGGGCACGACGUUCAUGGUGCGCUUCGAGAGCUCGGUGCUGACCCGGGACGCGCAGGUGGACGGCCGGUAGGUGCUCACGAGCCCGGGCCACACCGGGACAGCACGAGACGGACCCGGACUGCCCCCAGCAGGGUGCGGAGCCGCGGGCCGGGUCGCGACUCGCGGCGAACUUCGGUCGCGGCCACGCGCGCCGCUGCUGGACACGGUCGCCGUCGGAGCGAGGCCCGCCGCCCGGCGCGGCCGCUGGCGUUACAAGAGGCCGAGAACAGCUCGCCGCGCUGUCGGGCGGCAGCUCCAGGGGCUGAUCUGCCGUGUCCGGCCGUCUCGGGCCAAACCGCUGGUGCAGAUGGCCACGGCACUGGUCGCUGUCAAAGCGCAGCGCAGAGCUAGUUGUAAAAUACUGCGCGAUCGUAUGGGUCGAAUGACUUCAAUUCCAUGGUCGCGCGUGCUACUCGCAUUGUUUUGUUUUUUGUAUAAUAUAUGGACCGGUGCCUUGGUUAAUACACGAAUGUACGGU